CCCUCACCCCAUGGGUUCCCCGCAGCCGCGGGCGCCGGGCUCCGGGCACCGCCUGCGUGUGGCGGCCGUGCCCGGGCGGUCGGGGAGGGCGAGGCGAGGCUCGGCCGCAGCUCCGGGAAGGGAGGUGCAGGGCGCCCCGCCCGCCCCGUGGUGGCGGAGCCAUGCUCCAUCCCCCACCCCCUUGGGGCGGGCGGAGGGGUGCGCCCGGCGGCCGCGGAGCUUCCCGGGGGAGCGGUGUGUGAGGGAAGGAAGGGGAGCCGCGCCGCAGAGCCGCGCCCGCCCGCCUCCGCCGCCCUUCCCCCGCUCCGCAGCCAGCGGGAAGCGGGGCCCCGUCAGCAGGGCCCGGGCGCGCCUCACGCCGAGGGGAGCCGCCGGAGGCGCCCACGGGUGUUAGAGCGCCCCGGAACCCCUCCGGUGUGCUGGUGGGGGCACCGUGGGGCUCCGGCCGGGCGCUGUGUGCCCCGGUGCGGCUCCGGGACCGGGCUGAGUCCCUGCUGUGGGUUCCCCUGCAGCGCAGGGAUGGGGGGUUAUUCGGGUGUUCCAGUAGCUCCUCUGUAAAUGCCGCCUUCGCGUUGUCUCCCAAACGUUGGAGUGCAUGCGCUACUUGCACGACUUGAGGGCAGAAGCGGUCUGAAGAGUCUUGAACCUUAUCUAUUUGCUGAGGAAGGAUCUCCCGUUCAUGGAGAUGUCAUUGAAUUCCAUGGACCGGAAGGAACAGGAAAAACAGAAAUGCUUUAUCACCUGAUAGCUCGCUGCAUCAUCCCAAAAUCGGGAGGAGGUCUGGAAGUGGAAGUCAUGUUCAUUGAUACAGACUACCAUUUUGAUAUGCUUCGUCUAGUUACCAUCCUUGAGAACAGAUUGGCGCAAAGGACAGAAGACAUGAUAAAGCAAUGCCUGGGAAGGCUCUUUCUGGUGAACUGCAAUAGUAGCACUCAGUUACUCCUCACUCUCUACUCUUUAGAAAACAUGUUCUGCAUUCACCCCUCUCUCUGCCUUUUGAUUAUAGACAGCAUAUCAGCUUUUUACUGGAUAGACAGAAGCAAUGGAGGGGAGAGUCUCACCUUGCAGGAGAGGAAUCUGAAGAAAUGUGCUAACUUCCUUGAAAAGCUUGUGAGCGAGCAUCACUUAGCCCUCUUUGCAACAACACAGACGCUUAUGCAGAAAUCUGCAAACUCUGCAGAAAGCUUUUUCCCUUCAAAACUGCCACACGAAACUGAUACAGACUAUAGACCAUAUCUUUGUAAAGCAUGGCAACAAAUGGUAACACACAGGGUAUUUUUCUCUAAGCAAUGUAAUUCUGGCAACAGCAAACGUUUUACAGUCACUUCUUGCCACCUCAAAAGAAACCAUGUAGUAAAACGUUCAUUUAGUAUUGCAGAAUGUGGAGUUCAGUUUUAAUUUCGGUUUGUUUUUUAAACGUGUAGCAAAUCCUGCUGCUUAAGGCCUCACUAGGUCUAAGUAGUUUUUAGUACCUUUUAAACUAGUUGGUUGUUGCUGGAUAAUUAAGAAUUUUUGUCACCAUUUUGUCACAAGAUUUUAAUUCAGUGAAGGGCAGGAAAUGUUAACAUGUUUGAAUUACUGUAGAUGUUCAGUCCAAACUAGUGAGGAAUGUUAAAAUUACUUGUUUGUACUUAAUGAAUGAAGAGAUUAAAUCAAGAAAAUCAUAAUGAAAGACAUUUUAAACUCCUGGUAUCCUUCAGUAAUCUAACCUAUGUGAUAUGUGGCCAAGUGCACUGACUUCAUUUCUGGGUCUUACUGUUUUACAAUCCUCUUCUUCCAACCUACAGAACUGGGAGCCUUGUUGUCCAUGGGGGAGACUGCAAAAAGGCAAGCGUUCGCUCUUUAGAAAUACUGGUCUAGGUUUAUUCCCGGUAGCCUGGGGCAUAUGAAAUGCAUUCACAACUUUGCCUGAAGAAGAGGAUUCAUUUUCACAGCCUGUUAAACAGUGGUAACCCUGACCAUGCUUCCCCAAGCUUGAAGCCUUUCUGUGUUAGCGUGUGCUUGGAGGAGUGAGGAUUUGCAGGUGUUUUGACCCUUACUAACCUCUGGGUCUGAAGAAUUUACAGCGAUCGCAGAAAUGGAGGCUUGAUUGCCUUCAGGAGCCCUGAAGGAAAACUAAGGACCCAGCUCUGGGUACCUGUGAGUUUGUGCUGCGUGCAGCAAACAGUUUAGGCUUUGAAAAUAAUGGCAUGUGGGUUAUGGGUUCUUCUGGGCACAGGGGCUUGGUUUUUGUUGUUUUUUUCCUUUUUUAGACGUAUGCACAGACAUAUGUUUGUGUUUUCUUUCUCUGCCCUCCCUCAUUAUUCCUUCCCACUUCUUUCUCUUCUCCCACUCUCUCCAAGAAAUCCAGGAAUGCCAUGCCUCUGGUCUUUACCAAUAUGUAUUUGCCACAUGUAGAACAUUUGUGUGCAGGAUUUGGCAUGCAACAUGUUGCAAUUCUGGCAAAGAAGAUUCAGAACUUAUGGGAAAUGCCCUACAGUUCUGGCAAAGAAUAGCAUAUUAUUUAUUAACCUAGAGUGCCCUUUGAAAGCUUCAAAGUGCUUUACAAGAAAGAAAAUUGCACACAGUGUAUUAUUUAAUACAAAAACUUACAUUAGCUUACAAAUUUAAAUUACUCAAACAAGGGGGAAAAUAUUUCUCACAGCAAUAUUCGUUCAGUCAUGUUGCACAGCAUGUUUCAUAGUUUAGAUUGAACAGAUUGUUAACAAAAAUGCAUAUUAAGAAGAAGUAUCUAGCAUAGUAUCUUUUUGAGGAGGAUGCCUAAAAACUCUGUUGUGAGAUACUUUAAUUUCCUAACUUCUGAAGCCAGCUUUUUCAAGCUGAAUGUACAUGUGGGUUCCCAGCUGUGUGUAGCUUGGCGUGCAUAGCCAGACCUCUGUGUGUAGAGCUAGGAGCAUGUACCUGUACUGUCAUUCACAGAAUGUGGCAUCUCUGUGAUUUGGCUGGAUUUCUGCACAGACAAUGAGCGUCCCACCUCUGACAGCAGCCAGUACCAAAGGUUUGGGAAGGAGUGUGAGACUAAUUGGUUUUCAUUGGCAUGGCCUCCCCAAGGAUGGGGCUUGGGGAGCUCCUAAGCAGAGCUGCAGUCAGACCUGUGUUUGAUAGGUGUUGAUCAGACCUAUCUUUCAUGAGUUCAUCCAAUCCAUUUUUAACCUACCCUUUUGGGUUCCACCGUGUUUUUUCAUAAUGACUUCAGUUUACUUAUUCUUUCUGUGAGGAAAUUUCCUUUUUUUCUUCCCCUCUCAUUUGAAACCUUCCAUCUGAAUGUUUCCUCAUGCUGUCACUUCUUUCACUGCGACACAUGAGCAAAGUUUGCCUUUUCACCAUCUCGGCAGAGGUGAUAACUUUUUAGACUGACACUUCAUUUGUGCUUUCUCUUCCAUCAACACCAAUACUUUAUUUCAGAACUUCCGUAAGUGCACAAAUACAUGAAAAACAUACAACUUAACCAUUCCUAGAUUGGACCCAAGGUAGAUGGUUUUACGUGAGUAGACACUUCCACUCGGAUUAAUUAUAGAGGGCUUACUUGAUUUUUUUUGUUAAAAAACAUUGGAAAGAUUUAAGUAGAAAUAAAGAACUUUUAAAUGUGAAAAUUACCAGACUGUAUACUUUCUAUCACAAAAAACCAUCAAUCCCCUUUUCUAUUGGAGAAUUCAGCUCUACUGAGAUUAACUGCUUUGUAAAAUCAUAUUUACUAAAAAAUGUGUUUGGGGAAAAAAAAAACCCAAAACCCAAAACAAUGGAAAUGUUCUGGCAUUCCUGUCUGGAAAAAAAGCUUUUAUAUUAUUCACAAUGUAGUUGAUAUUUUGCAUUGUACAAUAAAAGAAAUGCCUAAAUGGAAAUGAAGCCAAAGUUGUAAUUGAUCAAAAACAGCACCUCAGGAAAUUUUUUAAUUUCCCAGUUUUACUUUGAAAGAAAACAGAUUUAUCUUUUUUUUAAUUCUCUGGUAAUUGCAAUAUUCACGCUCUGCACAUCUGCUUUAGCUGCGUAGCAAGCCUGGCUUUCAGAGGUGCUGAGCAUCUGCAUAUCCCUGUACCUUUGCAGGAGGGAUAAGCAGUAUGCAGUCUGGGAGUGCACUGACCUUACUCUCUGCCAAAAUUAUGCCAUUUAGAAAAAUGAACCUUUAGGAUACAAGUUGAAGAAA